AUGGGGAAAAAAAAAGCAUAUUUGAUAUCUUUACUUUUGAUCCAAAGUGGCCCCAGAGGUGAUGACACUCAUGGGAAUGAACACCUGCACAGAUGCUCUCAGUGCAAGGUUGCUAAAUACUGUGAUACAUCUUGUCAGAAAGAAGCUUGGCUGGACCACAAGCAGGAAUGCAGGUGUCUUAAGAGCAUCAAGCCUAAUUUUCCUCCAGACUCUGUCAGACUUGCUGGCAGGAUUGUUUUUAAACUACUUAGACAAUCAGUAUGCCUUUCUGAGAGACUCUACUCUUUUUCCAAUCUUCAGUCAAAUAUUGAACAGUUAAGUGAAGAAAUGAAAGAUGGCCUCAGGCACCUUGCACAGACUUUGCAGCUGUAUUUGAAAACAGAGAUCCAGGAUGCAUCUCACUUGCCACCUGCAAUUGACUUUUUUCAGAUCUUCACAAAAGUGACCUGUAACUGUUUCACCAUCAGUAAUGGAGAGAUGCAGGAUGUUGGUGUUGGACUGUAUCCCAGCAUGUCUUUACUGAACCACAGCUGUGACCCAAACUGCGUGAUUGUUUUUGAAGGAUACCAGCUUUUACUUCGCUCUGUCCGAGAGAUCCAGAUUGGUGAAGAGCUCACCAUCAGCUAUAUUGAAUCACUGAUGCCCACCAGUGAACGCCAAAAGCAACUGAUGCGGCAGUACUGCUUUGAAUGUGACUGUCUUCUCUGCCAGAAUCAAGAAAAGGAUGCUGAGAAAUUGGCCGGUGAAGAGCAUGCCUGGAAAGAAGUCAAAGAUGCUGUAAAUGAAGUGAGAUAUCCAAAAUCAAAAGAAGAGUGGGAGCAGGUUCUGACAAGAUGCCAGAGUCUCCUGAGUGGCAGUAUGGGUCAUCUUCCAGACACAAAUAUCUAUCAGCUGAAAAUGCUUGACUGUGCCAUGGAUGCCUGUAUUAACCUUGAAUCCUGGGAAGAAGCUUUGUAUUAUGGCAGCAGGACUCUGGAACCAUACAGACUGUAUUAUCCUGGUUUCCAUCCGCUGAGGGCUGUCCAGCUGAUGCGAGUGGGCAAACUGCAGUACAGUCAAGGCAUGUUUCCUCAAGCACUGGAGACCUUGAAACAGGCCUAUAAUAUUAUGAAGGUGACCCAUGGGACAGAUCACAGCCUGAUGCAAGCCUUGAUGGAAAUAAAGGAACAGUGUGAGGCCAUCAUGAGAACACAGUGAAGAUAACCUCUAGCCUGGAAAACAGAUUAUUCAAGGAGAAAGGAAAUCAAAUGCUUCCUAUUGCAUUGGGAAGCUUCUUGAUGAUUUUGGUGUCUUUUCAUUAGGACCUACUUGCUUUACAAAAAUGUUUGGUGUUUAUUAGUUUUGCUGUAUGAUCUGAAUUGAGUUGAUGUUUGGAGGAAUAUCUGCAAUUUUCAGAGGAUUUUUGUUUCCUACCACACAGUCUAAUUGACAAGACCUAAUUAUCAAUUUACAACAUGUAAUUGAUAAUAUGUAUUGGGAAAUGCAUAGAGACCCUUCAUCAGUUACAAAGUGAUAUAAUACCAUUGAUAUGAGCAGUCCGUUAUUCAUACCAGUUUAUGCCAGCAAUUAAGGAUCUCAUGUCAGUCACAUUAUAAGUAAAGAGAAUAUUUUUUUUUUCCCUUUGCCUUGCCCUUAGGUGUAGUUUCCAAAAGCCUGAUCCAGUGCUCUGUGACAUCAAAUAAGUUUCCCAGUGUUCUAAAUUAGAUUUUCCUCCCUCCUAAUAAAUCCACAGGGCUCUGUCCCUCUUCUUCUUGCAUUUCAUAUGUUAUAAUAUUGAAUAUUAAAAUGGAUUGAAUAAAAAAUUUAAUCA